UAUAUAUGUAUGUGUAUCUUUCUACCUAAAUUGCUUUACAAGAAUUUAAUCAAAGUACCAAAAUGCUUUUACAUUAAUUAGUCGUUUCUCGUAGGAUUCUAGAAAUAAUCUGAUUAUUUAUCAUGUUUUUUCCUCAAGAUUGUACCAUUUUCAGCGUUACUAUCUCCUAGUACGUUCGCUGCAAACAUUGUAACAAGCUCUAUGUAUUCCAUGCUGUGUAUGCAUGUGUUCACGCGACUAACGACCGCUAGAAUACAAAGUGCAAUGUUUUCAUCCUCUGACCGGUAUCGUUGGAACCUGCACUGGAAUGGCAUCGUUCCGCUGCUGGAACACGCAGCCAUCACGCGGCAAUCGACUGAAGAUUAUUCAUGGAUUCGCGUACCGGCUUAAUCAGCCCUCUCAUAUACCUCUUCGUUUCAACUGACAUUUUAGUUAUUCCUUCCUUGGACAUUUGACAGUUCCGAUCUUCGAUCGUUGCCUCGUUACAGGCACAUUAGAGCAGCGGUACGGCAAAAGAUUUAAGUAUUCAACCAUAGGAAACGUAAACCUAGAAAAGCAGAAUGUCGUUAUCCGCGGCAAACGUAUCGAAGGAUAAAUCGAUUCAAGAGGAAAUUCGUUCCGAUUCGACGAUGGUUAGGAAACCAGUGAAGAUCGUAGGAGCGUCUCCUUCUCUGGAAAAUUACCGAACGAAAGAAUGCAACGAAUUAAAGAUAGAAAGGAAGGAUCCGAAAAAGGAUGAAGAAACUGAGAAACGUAAAAUAUCGCAACUGCAAAAUGAAAAUUUACUCAAAACUCAAAAGCAAGAUUCAAAACUCAAAAUCGUGGAGUCGAAAACUAUCGAAACGAAAAAAACGGAAGUUGUAGUUCCUAAAGUAUUGAGCAGUACUACCGCCACACAGACCUUUGUACCGGAAUUCAAAAUGAUUCCCAUUUCUAGUACAUCUGACACUGAGAAUCCUUCGAACGUGGCGGUACCUCGGAAAUCUCCACCUCUGUUAAUGCCGGUUUUUAACGAACGUCCUCUUGUUUUAACAUCACAUCUGGUGCCGUCGUUGCCAAUCAGCUUGUUCCAGGUGCUCGCUGAAGCGAUCGAAGUUGCCACUGAAAAACCUGUGGUAUUGUUGUAUGAGCCCAGAAGCGACAGACCUGUUGCAAAAGAUAUCGCCGAUAUCGCUAUUUUACCAGCAAGUGGAGAAUGGGAAGAUGGUGAACUUUUACCUGUUAGUUUUUGUUUCAAACAUCAUUUGAAUAAAGAUAAUUCGCCGUGCGUCUAUGCUGACGUCAUUGUAGCUACGGAUCGUGCACCACACGUCAAAGAUAUCACGGAUCUUCGUGGUCACAGAUGCUCUUUGCCUGAUCGAAAAAAAAGAAUUGGGGUAGCAGCGUUAUUAUUUAAUUUUUUGUAUACUAGAGGCGAAAGCCCAGCCUUUUUUGGAAACACUCUCGACGCUGAAACGCAUAUUGCAACCCUACAAAUGGUUGCAGGGAGACAAGCAGAAAUUGGAAUCCUCGAAUCUCCUGUUAUUAAAUGUCAUAAAAAUACCCUACCAGGAAUUAACUCGCUUCAUAUUUUAACUAGCUUGGGUCCUUUACCUCCUUAUCGAAUCAUGGUUAGAAAGACACUUUCAGACGUCCUGAUAAAAAAAGUCACAACUUAUUUGUUAAAUAUAAGUCAAGAUAAAGAAUGGGUAGACAAGUUUGCUCCUUUCGGUGUUACAAGUUUCAUGAAAAAUUCCGAAGAAUUAUACGAUUUCACUGAUGUAAAAUCUGCCGUUACAAGCGUACCAUACUACUAAAGAUUACAUUCCUUUUUUACUCAAUUAUUUAUAGUCAUAUAUCCAUAUAUAAAUUACCUAUUAUUUUUACACUUGAUUUUACUUUUUACUUUUUAUGUGAUAAAAGUUUAAUAAAUACAAGUUACAUUUUCUCAUA